AUGGCAUCUGUACGCCGCGUGGUUGUCUGCAUCAGCUCCGCGACCAUUCGGUUGCUUGCUUUCAUCUUCCUGCGAUGGAUCCCAGGAUUUCCCUUUGGUCCCAUUAUCUUGACCUCAUUCGGCAUAUACACGGGGACCUUUUCCUCACUUCUCAAUGAUAGGCCACCAUCCAAGCCCAAGUCCAAGAAGGGUGGAAAGAAGCCAGGCAAAACAUCAAAAUAUUCAAUCCCGUCUCAACCGCGAGAUUCCGCGCUCAAGACCCUGCUGACAGGCCUCCCUUCGCGGUCGUUCGCGUGGACCUUGACGACAAUGCUAAUAAAUGCGGUGCUGGCAUUGAUGACUGUCGACUUUCUCAUGCGAGGACUAUAUGCUUAUCCCAGUGAUGAAGCUGCCUUUUCCCGCAUCGGAUAUGUAUCUCCGACAACUGCGAACUUGCUCUUCCGCGAGCCUGACUUGUCUCGCCUGCCCGUGACCGUCUCCUACCAGGAGGCUGCUACAAUUACUUCGGAGAUAUGGGUUCCAGAAGGCACUGUCUACAAACUCGACAACAGCACUGAUUUUACAGCUAUGGUCACUCUGAAAAAUCUGAAGCCAUCAACUAAUUAUCGGUACUCGCUUUCUAACAACAAAACGGGUACAUUCAUCACCUCUGCGCGACCAGGAUCGCCAGCAGCAAGUCGGCUCUCCUUUGUGACGUCAAGCUGUCUGAAGCCCAAUUUCCCCUACAAUGUCUUCAAUCACCCGCUGCGGGUCCCUGGAAUCGAGCAAAUGACAAAAGCCAUCGGGAAAUUGCCCAUUCUUCUUCGCCCUGCGUUCAUGCUCUUCCUGGGCGACUUCGUUUAUAUCGACGUACCCCUGCGGUUCGGCUCAUCCGUCUCGCACUACCGCAGCGAAUAUCGGAGAAUCUACUCAUCACCAUCAUGGGCCACAACCUCAGAAGCCGGACCAGCCAUCGAUCUCCCUUGGAUCCACACCCUUGACGACCACGAGAUUGAAAAUGACUGGUCCAAAGGCAACAAGACAGCACCCUAUCCCGCCGCAGCCGAUCCAUUCAUGCACUACCAUGUCAGCGCAAAUCCGCCAGUCCCAGCAUCCCCAUUCGCACACCCUGACAAUGUAACCUACUUCUCCUUUGUCAAUGGCCCAGCCUCGUUCUUCAUGCUAGACACACGAUCCUACCGCUCCGAACCCGCACAGGAAGAUUCCACGAUCCUAGGCUCCGCACAGCUCCAGUCUCUACUAAUCUACCUCUCGACGCCCGAACCUGCAGGCGUGUACUGGAAAAUCAUCGCAUCAAGCGUCCCCUUCACGAAAAACUGGCGCGUCGGCACAACAGACACAUGGGGCGGCUUUCUGAACGAGCGCCGCGCCGUCUUCGAAGCAAUGUGGCGCGCUGAGCGCAACCUCGGUAUCCGCAUAAUCCUGCUCAGUGGUGACAGGCACGAAUUCGGUGCAACGCGUUUCCCGGACCCGGCGCUUGAACUCUCGGCUGGGGGACUUGAGCCUAAUACGGCUGGUUUCGGACUGCACGAGUUUAGCGUUGGUCCGUUGAGUAUGUUUUACCUUCCUAUUCGGUCGUAUUGGCAGACGGAUGAUGAGGAUGUUGCUGUGAAAUAUGCUCCGGAUGGAAAUAGCAAGUUUGGUAUUAUUGAUAUCGGUGAUGAUGUUGUUGAUGCUGAUCCGGCUGCGUCCUCGCCUGUGCCGGUUCGUAGCUCGGUGUUGACGUACUCGCUUUAUGUGGAUGGGGAGGUUGUUUGGCGGUAUCGUCUUAGUGUUCCUAUUGAGCGUGAUGCUGGGGUGAAGGCUGCUCCGAAUGAUAGGGCUAUCUCUCAUCUUCCUCCUGGUGAGGUGGUUGAGGAUAAAUUGGGGAGAGAGAGUUGGGAUGUUGCUGUUAAGAUAAUGGUUGGAAGAGUCGAGGAGCUUGCUCACUUUUUGAUUGAGAAGGGGACUGCUUUAUAUGAAGAGGUAUCGGGCCGUGUGGAAAAGACCGUGAGAGUGGACUGA